AUGCGUGUUGCGUCGAUCGUCGGGAGCCCUGCCCGCAGCCCUGUAGGCAUCUGGCUCUGCCUUUGCAACCUUAGCUUCAAGGCUUCAAUGUCGCUCGGGCGGACGAUGCUGGUGUGGUUGGCAGCUGUCUGUCUGGCGAGGGCUGAGCCUGUUCUCCCACAGAGCUUCACCGUCUACUCAUCGCCAAUUCAGUUGCGCUAUGGUGAAGUGUACAACCAGAUGCAGGACCCCAUGGCUCUGCCGCCACAUAUCGUUGAAAGGUACUUUGAUCAAGGAAAAGCCCUGGCCAUCUCCGGUUUCGAUGCCGACAUGGUAAGAAAAAAGAACGGCGUGGAGACCAAGGUCAAGCUGAGCGACCACUACCUGCACCACUACAUCCUCGCGAUGGGAGACAACAGCACGAUGAACAAGAUUCAAGAGCGGGCUGCUAAAGACAAGAUGUUUGCUCGGAUGCUGACUGGUUGCCAUGCUAUGACACGUUCUCAUGUACAUUCCUUCCUGACAGAGACGAAUGACGAUCCCGACAUUGUGUACUUCGGCAGUGCAGCUGGUGCAGAGUACCGUCACAACCGGCAAAGGUACCAGGCGCCCUUCCGCAGAGUGAUCAAGAAGCCCCAUGUUUGGGCACCAACUUUUCAUGUGAUUAACACAAACCGUCCUUUGCAGAACACUUCUCUGCCUUACUCGCCUCUGCUGGAAUGCCCAUGCACGCCACAGCGGAAGAUUGAUGUCAAGAAUGGGAGUAUUGAUGGACAAAGUCCUGACCCACCCAUCCAUUGCAGCCCGGAAUUUGCGGCGACCGGGAACCCCUCCUGCCAUCUUGCUACCUACGUUGGUGGAUGGCGCUGCUGCGAACACGGUGUCUUCCUGAUUGACACAGACAAGGAAUGCAGUGAUCCGAAGUGUUCGCAGGAGUUGCAGGACGAGGUUUUCAUGAAGUACACCUUUUACUACGAAGAUGCCGAUGUUGGGACGCGCAAGAUGGCGCCGAGUGCUUGCUGCGAUGCAACCGGCACCGGCCAAGGCGUUGAAAACAUCGAGUACGACGUUCCAGCCUGUGCGCCUGGCACCCCUGUUGAGAAGUGCCUGCACGUAGUCGAGACAGUUCAGCCCGUAGGCUUUUACCACAGACAUCCGAAGUCUCCCAAUGAUAGGCACAGAGCAAACGAACUAGUGGACCUGGUCUUUGCAGCCCCACACCUCCAUGUCGCGGGCUUGUCCAUCGAGCUCUUUGACAAUAUCACCAACAAAACACUGUGCUCGGCAGUUGCCAGCGCAGACAACCAAGGUGGAAUAAUGUACGGGAAUGGAACUGAGGCAGGGAAUGAGAAUGGAUACUUGGUUGGUCUCAUUCCAUGCACCUGGUCAGGUAGCGACGCCCCUCGCUUCCAGAGAAACCACCCUUUAAGAAUGCGAGCCGUGUACAACGCAUCACGUACUCAUACGGGCGUCAUGUCACUAUGGUUGAUGGAAGUUUCGCCCGUCGCAGAUGGCGAUGUGGUAGUGUAA